UCUUAAAGGCUGUAUCAUCGGUCAUCGUCCUAACCUUAUUUUAUUGUUUGUUUUUCUUUUUUAGAAUUUUUUUUCUCACACUGACAAAAAAAAAUUACAAUGGGUCUAUAAGUAGUAUCGUGCCAACGUAUUUAUGUCAUUCAAUAUUAAAUUUCUAACGCUAAAAACCUUUGACUGUUGAUGAAAUUUAAAAUAACGUGCAAGUACCAUUUUUAUGGACUCUGUCGAUGGAGUAGGUACUUAAUAAUAAUUCCAUUUAUACUUAUAGGAAUCGCAUCAACAAGUUGACUUAUUUAACAGAAUCUGGAGACACUGAAGUUGUUAAUUAUAAAAAUGGCUAACCCAGGAGGUUUCCUUGCCCAUUUAAUUAAACUAGUUACUACAAUAAUAUGUUUAAGAUAUGUUAAUGAUAAAAAUUCUAUUAUGACUGUUCGAGCCUUCCAAAUAUUUCUUAUUCAUUCAAUUGUAGGAAUGUUUAGAUUUGGCAGUACAGCAAACCUGAUCGGUAAAAGAAGUUUCAGAGAAUUUUACGAUCGAAUGUCAAAUAUUGUUGAGAUAAUUCCCUUUGCCUUCUUUUCAACAGAAAUAUCUCGUCUUAGUAAUGUUGAUGAAUUGUUACGACACUCAUUACUCCUUGUUCUUAUCCUAUUACCAAUUACCCUCGAAAUAAUGCCGAGAAAAGAGCGCCCAAAAAUGCGCGUGCUGAUAAAUCAUUCAAUAAAUUUACAAUUACUUAUUAUAACAAUAGCCUGUCUACAGAGAGGCUCUUUUGGUGUUAUUUCUUUUGUCUUAUCUUACAUAUUUAAUCGUUACUACACUGAAUAUUUUUGUGACUUAUUUGACGUGCCAUAUGAAGACUUAAUACAAUACAGUCUCUGUUUCGUUGAGAUUUUUUCAUUAACUACUAUACAAGAACUGUAAAAAUAAUCACUCUUCCUUCUUCUUAUCUUUAUGUAUAUUCUUUUUGUAAAUCUUGUACAUUUUUAAAUAUUAUUACUUGUUACCCACAACUUAUUUAUUGAAUAAAA